CACAAAUAAAGCCCCGGGACGUCGUACCCCUAGCGUUACCCGCAUUUCAAUUGCUCUCAUUCUUAUUUCUUACCCGGUUGGCAGGAAAUUUCUGAGAGCCCGUCCGUUCGCUUAUCCAAAAUGUCACUCGCCCCUCAUCUUCUUCAACUUCCCAUCUCCCAAUUCAAAUCCCUCAAUCUCACCUCCACCUUCCUCCAUGGCGCCUCCUCCCUACCCCAUCAUCUCUCCAACCCAACUUCAUCCUCUCCCUCUCCACGCGCCUCCGCCUUCGCUCCGGCAAUCCGAGCCAUGAGGUCGAUGCAAGGCCGCGUCGUCUGCACCGCCAACGACAAGACCGUCGCCGUCGAGGUCGUCCGCCUGGUGCCGCACCCCAAGUACCAGCGCAGGGUUCGGAAGAAGAAGAGGUUCCAGGCUCACGACCCUCUGAACCAGUUCAAAGUCGGUGACCUUGUUCAACUCGAGAAGAGCCGGCCGAUUAGCAAGACCAAGGCGUUCGUAGCCAUAGCUUCCCCUCCACGGAAUCAGUCCAAACGCAAGGAGGAAGGCGAGUCCCAGGAGCUUGGGCUUCCAUUAGAAUCCGAGGAGAUAUUGGCCUAGACCUCUGGCCUUUGCUGGAAUCCAAUGCUUGUACUAUAUACUCUUUCGAAUAAAAAAUACUGUAGAUGUUAAGUUCAAGGGAUGGAGAAUUGGGCCAAGCUUUAAUGGAAUUGAAGAUUUAAAUUCCAAGUGAAGUUAAGAUCCAAUUGUUAUAUCCCAUCUUAAUUCCCAACCCAACCCAAGAUAAAACCUUAAAAAAAUAAAGAAGAACGAUAUAAAAGGGAGGAGGAGAUGAUCGCAGGAGAGAAAAAAUGGGAAAAAAGAGGCGAAGGAACAGAGAGCAGCGGCAGUGGCAGCGACGACCUUGUGCGGCGUCGACGGCUCCUCAGCUACUCCAACUUCUCCUUUUCUUCCAAUUUCAGAGUUUAAUCCUUCUUCUCUUCUCUUUAAUAUGUCAAACUUUAAUUUUU